UUCUCUCCUUUCUAGAAAUGUCAACACGGGCCCAGCCCAAGUCUCUGGGGCGGCUGAGCGGAGAUGCUGCCUGCUGACAUGGAACAGGAGGCCUCGGCCUCUGGGCGCAGCGUGGGGGUCAAUGAGGCCAUGGACCAGCCUGAAGUCAGCUUCCAGCCCGAGGCCUCGGCCCAGCAGCCGGCCUGCAAGGAGGAGGCGCCCAGCGCCGAGUCCGGCACCCUCGACUGCGUUAUCUGCUUCACCCCUUACGACCGGCUCUUCCGGCUGCCCAAGGAGCUGAGCUGCGGCCACGUCUUCUGCCUUGAGUGCCUGGCUCGCAUCAAUGUCUCUUCCGAGGAUGUCAACGCCAUCACCUGCCCCGUCUGCCGGGCCCCCACGGCCUUCCCCUCCCGCAAGGGGUUGCCGGGCCUCCCCACCCGCAGCGACCUCCUGGAGCAACUCUCUUCCAUGCCCGCCGUCCCCCCGGGCUCCGUGCGCUUUGACCGUCGCCGGGGGCUGCUCUACCUGCCAGGCAGGGGCCGAGGCGGCGCCCCGGCCGGGCCCAAGCCCGGCACUUCCCUCAACACUGUCAGCCUGAGUGUCGACGUUGGCAGGCCUGCGCCGCCAGGAGCCAGCCGCAACCUGGGCCUCUCAGGCUGGCCGUUCUACGUGGCCCUGGCGGUUGCCCUCCUGGUUACCAUCGGCUUAAUUACCUGUGGCAUUUACAUAUUUUUGAUGCCGUCCAUGUACACUGUUUCCAUGGGAGGCCCGCACCAUAGCAACCAGAGUCAUGGGCCAGGGAGCAACUGGACCUCCAGCGCAGCACCUGGCUCUGUACCCUACGGCUAAAGAGGGGCGAAGGAGAAAGGGUCCCGCUUGCCCUCUUCCUGUCUUCCAUUUUGCCAUUUGUAGCGGCUGCACCACUUGUAGCCUCCGAUUGCACAGAGGCCGCUUGCCUCACUCAGAAGCAGGAUACUGGGGGAAUUGCCACGUGUCCAAAGACUGGCUGAAGCCGUGGAGGCACUUGCACUUUACCAGUUGAAUUGCUGCUUGAAUGACCGGGAGAAUUCCCACCGCA